GAAACACUAAAUUGAAAAGUGAUAGAAAAUGGCCGACUGACCAUUGAUAGCGGCUUGCUGUCAAAAUAGAAAAAUACUCUAAAAUAACGCAUUUGCCAUAGUUAUGUGUUGUAACAGAUUUCAAACAGUAUUUAUUAUAAAAAGCUGAAUGAGUUCUAAAAGAUUCUUCUCGGAUGUCUUAAAAGUCGAUAAGCAAAGGUCAUUUACACCUUUGCAGAUCGCUUCGUGUCGCAGCUCACUUAAACUGGGGCUCCUAAUCUUUCCCCCGUCUAGUGUUUGUUUUCUAGAAUGAGUGACGAAGGAGGUGACGACUCGCCGCCGCGGCCGAAGCGGAGGAUCAAGCGAGUGGUGGUGAUGUCGUCAUCGUCGGAGUCGGACAGCGACGGCUCCGUCGGCGUGGCGGGCGCCCGCAGGAAGAAGUUGCGGGUGCUGAGCGAGGACGAGGGCGACAGCAGCGGCAGCUCGGUGGUGCGCGUGGGGGCCCGCCGCCGCCGCGCGCUGCCGCAGCUCAAGGACUCGGAGGCGGAGAGCGACGGCUCCGGCUGGGAGUCGGAGCGCGCGCGGCGCCCGGCCGCCUCGGGCUUCUCGUCCGACAGCUCGGAGGGCAACUCGGACAAGUGCUCCAUCUGUCUGCUGCGCUUCACCGACCAAGAAGUGGGGACGCCCGAGAACUGUGAACACAUCUUUUGCUUGGACUGCAUUACAGAAUGGUCCAAAAAUGUCAACACAUGUCCAGUAGACAGAUUAGUGUUCAACUCUAUAGUAGUGAGAGCGUGUGCAGGAGGCAGGGUCCUGCGCACACAGCCUGUCACAGUGGUGGAGCGCAGGCCGUCCGUGGACAUGCUGGUGGUGGAGGAUCUCACACUGUGCGAGGUGUGCGGCAGCGCGGAGCAGGAGGAGAGCAUGCUGCUGUGCGACCGCUGCGACCUCGGCUUCCACCUGCACUGCCUGUCGCCGCCGCUGGCGCGCGUGCCGCCCGACGAGUGGCUGUGCCCCGCCUGCCGCGAGCUGCCGGCGGACGCCAUCCACCUGUCCGAGGUGGAGGACCUGCUGGACGAGGUGUUCGGCUCCGGCGGCGCGCCCUCCGGCCCGCGGCCCUCGCCGCUGCGCCUGCCGCGCGCCGCGCGCCGCUCCGCGCGCCGCCCCGCAGCGCUCGACCAGCCGUCCACGUCCGGCCGCGCGCGGCCCGCCGCCGCGCCCGCCGCCCGCCGCCGCACCGCCCCCAGGAGGAAGUACAAGAGGAGAAGGACCAAGACCGUCGUCAUCGAGUACGAAGUUCAGUCGGACGGAAAGUUUCCAAUCACGCGAACGGUCACGAGAAAAGUGAAACGAAAGGUGAAGCGGCGCCGCCCGCGCACGGCCGCGCGCCGCGAGCACGUGCGCGCCAGCGUGCGCGCGCGCCUGGCCGCCCACGGCGCCCGCCCCGCCGCGCCCGCGCUGCCCGCCGCGGCGCUGGCGCGGCCGCUGAGCCUGUUCGGGAACCCCAACGAGCUGGACUACUUCUCGGACGAGCCGGACGCGCCGUCGGAGCAGGCGGCCACCGCCGUGGCGCUGCGCCCCGCCGCCAGCGCCCUCAGCGCGCACAGACAGGCGCGCCGCAAGCUGCUGGGCGCGCCCUCGCCGCCGCACGCCAGCGCCGCGCCCGACCUGCUGGCCGACAUCCUGCGCAGUCAGACGCUGCUGCACGCGCGCCCGCGCCCGCUCGACGCCGCGCGCGCCGCCGUGCGCCAGGCGCCGGCGCACGGCCAGCGCGCCGGCGGCUGGGGCGGCGGCUACCGCGGCCCCUAUCGCCGCGACCAGACCGCCGACUUCAGCCGCGCGGGCGGCCACGGCGCCGGCCCGCCGCGCGCCGACCGCGGCCCUCCCGCCGGCUUCGCGCGCGCCGCCGAGCGCGACGAGCCGCCGCCCUUCGACGCCUUCCCGCGCCGCCCGCGCCCGCCCGACGAGCCGCCCGCGCGCCGCCCGCCGCCCGCGCGCGCCGGCCCCGCCCACCGCCCGCUCGCCGAGCCGCCCGUCUUCGGCUUCCCCAAGCUGGCCGACGUGGACAAGUCGGAGGACGAGAAGAGCGACCCCGGCCUCGUCAUCGACACCGACAAGUACGACCCCACCGAGCCCACGCGCGACGACGACAGCGGCGACGACGACACGCCCGCCGCGCCCCCGCCCGUGCCGCCGCCGCCGCCGACGCCGCCGCCGCCGCCGCCCGCCGUGCGCGUGGCGCUGGCCGGCGGGCUGCUGGACACGGCCGUGCGCCAGGUGCUGCGCGAGCACCGCAGCGCGCUGGCGCCGGGCGCGCGCGCCGCCAGCGACGACGAGUCGGACGGCGACUGCCCCAACUUCUCCAUCUACUCGGCCGCCAGCGUGCACAUCGCCAACAGCAGCAGCGCGCUCAUGGACCACGAGCCGCUCGCCGAGCCGGCGCCCGCGCCCGCGCCCGCGCCCGCCCCCGCCGCGCCCGCCGCGCCCGCCGCCGAGCGCCGGCGCUCCGAGGACGAGUACAUGGAGAAGGUGUCCAAGCGGUGCCCCAUCACCGCCGACAAGCGCACCCCCAUCAAGAUCAAACUCAACACGCCCACCUUGAUCAAGAGGCGCGUCUCGCUGUACGACGACGGGGACGCGAGCCCCGACGCCGCCGACGCCGACGCCGUCGAGGCGCGCGACGACGCGGCGCCCGCCGACGACGCGGCCGCGGGGAGCGCGAGCCCCGCCGCCGCGACCGCCGGCGGCUGCGCGGAGCCGCUAGACGGCGGCGGGAGCGACGAAACAUUGCACGCUUCAGUCGACGGGCCAGCCCUCGACGUGCUCGUUGAGAAAAGGAACGGCGACCCCGCCGCGCCGCCGUCUCCGCCCGCGCAGGAGCCCGCCGCGCCGCCGACCCCGCCCGCGCCGGAGCCCGCCGAGCCGCCGUCUCCGCUCUCGCAGGAGCAGGAGCCCGCCGCGCCCGCCGCCGCGCAGCUCGAGCCGCGGGAGAACGGAGACGACGACCUCAGUCAUCACGACGAGGAGGAGGACUCGGACGAGAAGUCGGACGCGUCUCUCGGCGGCGACGCUACGCCGCGCGAGCCGCCCGCCGCCGAGCGCCCCGACGACGUCGAGAAGAUGACCGAGUCCAUCAGCGAGACGGAGGACGAGCGCAGCUACACGCCGUGCCUCGACGAGAACCGCUCGGCCGCCGACGGGCCCGCCGACGCCGCCGACGACGGCGCGCUCGCCGGCCUCGACACCGAGCUCAUCUCCGAGGACGAGGGCCACGAGCUGUUCUCGCGCGCCGCCUCGCCCGCGCCGCCCGCGCGCGCCAAAGACGGCAAGCGACCCGACGCCGUCAAGAAGAAGAAGAAGAAGGAGUCGAAGCGCGAGGGCAAGGACAAGGCCAAGGGCAAGAAGAAGGGCGACGUGGCCUUCAAGAAGCUCAGCAAGAGCGGCAAGGAGCGCAACUACCGCGAGCGCUCGCGCGACGAGCGGCUCGACGAGCGGCGCGCCUCGCCCGCCGCGCGCCGCCGCCGCAAGGACAAGCGCAAGGACCUGGAGCGCUACGACGUGCGCACCGUGGUGUCGGAGAAGCGCCGCCGCCAGAAGGACGCCUUCGGGCGCGACGUGUCGCCGCAGCGCUCGCCCUCGCCCUCGCCCUCGCCGCCGCGCCGCUCGCCCUCCGCCUUCCGCUCGCCCGAGCCGCCCGAGCCGGCGCGCGUCCGCCGGUCGCCUUCUGCGUCGCGCGGCCGGCGCUCCCCUUCGCCGCCGUCGCGCGUCCGCCGCUCGCCUUCGCCGCUGCGUCUCCGGCGCUCGCCUUCGCCGUUGCGCGCUCGUCGCUCGCCUUCGCCGCAGCGCGCGCGUCGCUCGCCUUCGCCGCAGCGCGUGCGUCGCUCGCUUUCGCCGCAGCGCGCGCGUCGCUCGCCCGCGCGCCGCCGGUCGGCCACGCCGCCGCCGUCGCCGCGGCGUCGCAAGCGGCGUCGCUCCGCGUCUGCCGAGCGCAGCCCGCCGCGCCGAGCGCCCAAGAAGAAGAAGCGAGCGCGCGCCGCGCGCCGCCCGCCGCCCUCGCCCGCGCGCAAGCGGCGGCGCAGCGCCAGCCCGCCGGCGCCGCCCUCGCCCGCGUCGCGCCCGCCCUCGCCGCGCACGCCGCCGCCCGAGCCCGCGCCCGAGCCGCGCCGCCGCGCCGGGCGCCGCGCGCGCGAGCCGGCCGGCCCGUCCAAGGAGGUGUUCACGUCGGGCGACAACAUCCUCGUGAGCGUCAGCUUCAAGGAGCAGGAGCGCGGCGCGGAGGGCGAGCGCCGGCGCCGCCGCGACGCGCGCCGCGAGCGCCGCCGCCGCCGCCGCCGCGCCGCGCCCGAGGACGCGGCCGCCAAGCCCGUGGCCAUCAUCGACCUGGAGCGCUCGCCCUUCCGCGAGCUGACGCCGUCGCCCGAGAACGUGAUCGUGCUAAGCGACAGCGACGCGCCGGCCGCGCCCGAGCCCGCCGCGCCCGCGCCGCCGCCCGAGCCGCCCGCGGGCCCGAAGACGCCGCCGUCGCCCGCCGCGCCCGCGCCCGCGCCGCCGCCCGCGCCCGCGCCCGCGCCCGACGCCUACGACCCGUUCGAGCCCACGCGCUCGCCCACGCCGCCGCCGCCCGAGCACAUGACGCUGGAGGCGGCGCAGCGCAGCAACCUGUCGGCCGACGACGUACUGGCGCGCCGCCCGCUCACGCCCGUGGAGAAGGUGAUGGCGCUGCUGGCCAGCACGCGCGAGGCGCAGGCCGUGGCCGAGGCGGAGGCGGAGGCCGAGGCGCCGCCCGCGCCGCGCAUCGUGCUGCCGUCGCCGACGCGCGCGCCGCCCAAGCUGUUCCCGGGCAAGCCGUCGCCCAUCAAGUCCAACCCCGUGAAGCCCAUGCAGGCGACGCGGCUGGCGCGCGACGCGGGCGCCUCGCCCUACUCGCCGGGCUCCAGCGACUUCGGCGAGCUGUUCGAGCCGCCGCCGCGCCGCGCGCCGCGCCAGCGCCGCCCGCCCGACGACAAGCUGCUGGACGAGCUGCCCGGCUCGGCCGUGGAGCUGCAGGUGAAGAGCAAGCUGCUGAAGAAGCUGAACCGGCAGGAGCGCGUGGUGGAGGAGGUGAAGCUGGUGCUGAAGCCGCACUACAACAAGAAGCGCGUCAGCAAGGAGGAGUACAAGGACAUCCUGCGCCGCGCCGUGCCCAAGAUAUGUCACAACAAGUCGGGCGAGAUCAACCCCACCAAGAUCCAGGCGCUCGUGGAGGCGUACGUGAAGAAGUUUAGAAAAAAACACAAAAUGGCAGCGGCGUAGAGUAAGUUAGCGUAAGUGCGCGUAGCGUAGCCACGAGUGACGUAGCGGACUAUCAGCGUAGCCACGAGUGACGUAGCGGACUAUCAGAUUAUUGUAAUUAUAAUUUAUGUACGGACGAUGUAUUUUACUUAAAUGAUUUAUUUAAAUAAAUAAUAUUAUAGAUUUUAA